UGAUCUGAACGAUUAGGAAACUAUGGGGAAAAUGUGGGGCAUUUUAGUAUGUGUGGCUCUCUGGUACAGCAGUGUAAGCAAUGCUGCUGUAACCUCAUGGAAUCUACAAGCAGAAAAGCAACCUCAAAACCAGCAGCUUCCUGGAUCGUCUACUCAAUUUCCUUGGUUGUUAACACAGUUUCCUAGACCUGUUUCUGAUCAGCUACCUGGUUUGUCUUCACAGUUUCCCAGGCCAGUCUCUCAACAGCUCCCUGGCUCGCCUGUGCAGACCCCGGGCUCACCUGUGCAGCUCCCUGGAUCAUCAGUCCAGCUCCCUGGAUCAUCAGUCCAGCUCCCUGGAUCAUCUGCACAGCUCCCUGGAUCAUCAGUCCAGUUCCCUGGAUCAUCUGCACAGCUCCCUGGAUCAUCAGUCCAGCCAUUCCCUCAGCAGCUACCUGGCUCGCCUGUGCAGCUCCCUGGGCCAGUCCCUCAACAGCUACCUGGCUCCUUUUCUAUGCAGGUUUCUAGGUAUGGUCCCCUGCUGAGCGAUGCUACUAAAUGCCAACUGGAUGAUGCUGAUAAAAUUCCAUGUGGAGAACCUGGCAUAGAUGCUUCUCACUGCGGUGCUAUAAACUGCUGUUUUGAUGGCCAGCAGUGCUACUAUGGAAGAACAGUAACUGUCCAGUGCACAAUAGAUGGCCAGUUUGUGCUGGUAGUGGCCAGGGAUGCAACUCUUCCCAGGAUCAGCUUGGACUCCAUCAGCCUGUUGGGAGGAAGUGAUGGACCCUGUGGUGUUGCUGACUAUAAUGCUGACUUUGCUAUAUACCAGUUUCCUGUAACUGCUUGUGGCACAAGAGCAACGGUGCAAGGAGACUAUGUGGUCUAUGAGAACAAAAUGGUGUCUUCCUAUGAAGUUGGAGUGGGACCCCUUGGUGCCAUCACAAGAGACAGCCAUUAUGAGCUUUACUUCCAGUGUAGAUAUUCUACUACAAGCGUUGAAUCCCUGGCUGUUGCUCUUUCAUCCAAUGAUCCUCCUCUACCUGUAGUGGCUUCUGGUCCCCUCAGGGUAGAGCUGAGACUUGGCAAUGGACAGUGUGUCACAAAGGGCUGUGUGGAAGAGCAAGUAGCCUAUACCUCCUACUACACUGAGGCUGAAUACCCUGUGACCAAGGUCCUGAGGGAUCCUGUGUAUGUUGAGGUGCGCAUGUUGGCGAGGACCGAUCCCAAUCUGGUCCUGGUCUUGGGACGCUGCUGGGCAACCUCUACACCUAACCCCAACAGUGUUCCUCAGUGGGAUCUCCUGGUGAAUGGGUGCCCGUACAAGGAGGACCACUACCUGACCAAUCUGGUUCCUGUUGAUGGGUCAUCUGGACUUCCAUACCCUAGCCAUUACAAGCGCUUCGUCCUCAAGAUGUUCACUUUUGUGAAUCCUACUUCCAUGGCUCCUUUGAAAGAGAGGAUCUACAUCCACUGCAGUACGGCCGUGUGUUCACCGACUGCAGGUGCCACUUGUCAACCCAAGUGCAACAGGAGAAGGAGAGAUGUUGGUUCAGCUCUAUGGAAUUCCAAUCCUGUAUCGGUAGUCUCUAGUGGAGAAGUGAUCUACACACAGUAUUAAGUGAAGCCUCAUGAUACUGAAUAAAGUUGUCUUGAUUUCAAA